GUGUUUUCAGGUCCGUUUCAGCCUCGCGGUUUGUCAGGCGUCAGCAUGCAUUGCUGCCCCGCAACGCCAGGAGUUGCCCCGCCAUGGGCAUGGAGGUGGGUGGGUACAUGGAUACCUGCCUAGGGUGGGCAAGCGGGCAAUAAACCAACAAUUUAUACGACAGCUUGCCUGCCUUACAGUUGCCCAGAACAUAAAACGCCACUCCCAUCCAGUUCUCCUUUCUCCUUGGCGCUCUGAUACUUCAAACCAAGCACGUAAACAUGUCUAUCGACAUCCAAAAGAUCCUAGCGGCGUCCCCGGUCACCACCCGGGGUCAGCCAACCCAGCUCUCCUGCGACCCCAAAGGCGAGCGCAUAGCUUAUGCCUCCGGCAAGUCGAUCUUCCUCCGCUCCAUCGACCGCCCCUGGGAAUCGAAGCAGUACACCGGCCACACGGCCGCGACGACGGUGGCGCGCUUCUCCCCGUCAGGGUUCUACGUGGCGUCGGGCGACGCGGCGGGCAACGUGCGGGUGUGGGACGCCGUGGAGGCGGUCAACACGCGGGGGGAGCACGCCGUGAUCUCGGGGCGGAUCGCGGACGUGGCGUGGGACGGCGACUCGGCGCGGCUGAUCGCGGUCGGCGACGGGCGCGAGCGCUUCGGGCGCUGCUUCACGGCCGACUCGGGCAACACCGUCGGCGAGGUGUCGGGCCACAGCAAGGUCGUCAACGCCGUCGCCGUCCGCCAGCAGAGGCCGCUGCGCGCCGCCACCGUCAGCGACGACGGGAGCAUGUGCUUCCUGCACGGCGUGCCGUUCAAGUUCGCCAACAAGGAGGCUGAGCUGCACAAGGGGUUCGUCUACGGCGCCGCCUUCAGCCCCGACGGCGCGCUGCUCGUCACCGUCGGCGCGGACAGGCGGAUCCAGCUGUACGAUGGGAAGACGGGGGAGCCAACCAAGGUGAUCGGGGAGGGGGUGCAUACGGGGAGCAUCUUCGCCGUCAGCUGGGCGAAGGACUCCAAGAGGUUUGUGACGGCGAGUGCGGACCAGACCGUGCGGGUGUGGGAUGCCGAGAGCGGCGGGAAUGUCCAGACCUGGAGGCUGGGACCCGAAGGGGGCGUCAGCGUCCCGCACCAGCAGGUCGGUGUAGUGUGGCCGCAUGGGAGAACCGAUGGCCUUAUUAUUAGCCUGGGUCUAGAUGGUGACCUCAACUACCUGGUUGAGGGCAGUGCGAAGCCAAUUAAAGUCGUUCAGGGGCACAACAAGAGCAUCACGGCCUUGGCUGCCGCAUCCGACGGAAAGGGCCAAACCCUCUUCACGGGUAGCUUCGAGGGCAGAAUCUGCGGUUGGGAUCUCUCGACGGGCACUGGCACGGCGGUGGAUGGCCAGACACACUCAAACCAAGUCACGCAAUUCGCUCCGUCGUCGGGCAGGACAUACAGCGUCGGAUGGGACGACACUCUACGGAUCAUCGACGAGUCCGCCGGCACCUUCGCGGGAUCGUCAUCCAAGCUCAGCGCCCAGCCAAAGGGCGUUGCUGCUUCGGGGGGUCAGGUCAUAGUCGCACUCACCUCGGGUAUUGCGGUCUACUCCGACGACCGACUGGUCGGAGAACUCGGCACUGACUAUACCCCCACAGCCAUCGCAGUACACGGAAGGCUGGUGGCGGUGGGUGCCGACAACAACACCGUCCGGGUGUACCAGCUCGACUCGGGCAACAAGCUCUCGCAGGCGGAGACAUUGAGCAACUCGACGGCGCAGAUCUCCGCAUUGUCAUUUUCCAAGGACGGCAAGCAUCUCGCCGCCGGCAACUCGUCGGGAAAGAUUGUCGUGUAUAAGACUGCUGGCUGGUCUGUAGCAACCGAUCGCUGGUCGGCGCAUACGGCGAGGGUGACCAGCAUCGAGUGGAAUGGCGAAGGAACCAACGCGGCCAGCGGCGGGUUGGACACGAACGUCUUUGUGUGGAGCCUCGCGAAGCCCGGGAGCAGAGUCAAGGCGCUAAAUGCACACAAGGAUGGCGUCAACGGAGUGGCCUGGGUGGACGGCGGCAUCGCCAGCUCUGGAGGUGAUGCCGCGAUCAAGAUCUGGAAGGUCGAUGGGCUGCAGUAGAUGGCGAGUGCUUUGGGCAUCACCUGUCCUGCCAAUAUAGGAGUACGAUUCCCACGAUUGAGAGAAAUGAAUUAUUAUGACUUUUCCAUUUGCCGUCCU